AUGCUUAUUGACGAACUGGACGAAGACGUUGUGAGAGAAGGUAUAAGCAUGGUAGAGUCCGUCGUUUCGCCGUCAUCUGACCUAGUCGUGGGAGAUCUAGUCAAAGCACCCUCCAACGUGCUGACCACUCCGCUCAUGCUUGGCAAGCUGGUGGUGGCGAACGACUGGACACUGGAAGUUUCGGUGCAAUGCGCGAGCCUUGGAAAGGCUAAAGAGCCCAAUCCGCCUAGAAAGCAUGCAACAAAUGCCCAUCUGAAUGUCAUCAUAACGUGCGUGGACAAGUUAAAGGCUGCCGCGAGAGAAUAA